UCAUAAUAAUGAAUCUCCUCCUCCUUCACAUCUCUCCUCUGGGUCUUUAUAAGCCUCUGUUUCUCUCCUCCUUUCAGUUCAACCUGCUCACCUUUCAUCUGGACAGAACCAAACAUUUACAGCACAAACUGACAACAUGCUGGGGACCCUCUGCUGUCUCAUCGCUGCUCUAACAUGUGUGAGUGGUGUGACGGUGGUGACACAGAAGCCUCCUGUUCUGACGGUGAGGAAAGGAGAGACAGCCACCAUGGACUGUAACCUGGGGACUGUUACUAACAGUGAUGCUCGGUGGUAUAAACAGAUCCCAGGAGGAGUUCCUCAGUUUGUGCUGAGCUUUUAUCAUGACUGGAGUUCACCAAGCUAUGGUUCUGGAUUUUCAUCUCCAAAGUUCACAUCCACUCAUCAGUCCACAAAAGAUUAUCGUUUAAUCAUCAAAACUCUAGAAGAGCAAGACUCUGCUGUUUAUUACUGUAAAACAUGGGAUAGCUCCGUCAAUGAGUUCGUAUUCGGACAAGGAACCAAGCUGAUUGUCACAGGCUCCAGCCUCCCUCCUCCUGUCCUGACGGUCUUCCCUCCAUCCAGCGCUGAGCUCCAGUCCAACAAAGCCACUCUGCUCUGUCUGUCCAGUCAGUCUGGGCCUUUUGCAGAUGUGAGCUGGUUGGUUGGUGGGAGUCCAGUCAGCAGUGGGAUCUCUACCAGCACCGCUGUUCAGAGACCAGACCAGACUUUCCACAUCAGCAGUUCUCUGUCCAUCCAGACAUCAGACUGGAACCUGGAUAAGGUUUACACCUGUAAAGUGUCCUUGGGCUCCCAGACUGCAGAGAAAACCAUCAGCAAGUCAGGAUGUCCUGCUGAGGAAUAGCAGAGAACCGCAAUCAUCAUUUAUAAUCCACUUUUUUGCUCUUUGCUUUUUACAAGAUUUAUAAAACAUGCUUUUCUCUGCUUUGAAUGUUAUUUUUAACAAUUGAUGCUACACUGAUCUUCUUUUUCAUUAAUAAAUCAUAGUUUUAUGAAAAUUUCUGUUCCCAUAUUUCUUUAUUAACUGUGAACAUAUACACCAUCAUUCUGUAAUGUGAUGUUUGAACAGUUGACAUUCAGAAAUAA